CCGCCAGCACUGGCACUUUAGUAUAAUUGAGCUCUUCACAGCGGUCGGAUCAUGUCGGGCUUGGUGCUUUACGGAAUGGACAUAAGUCCCCCAGUCAGGGCCUGCAAGUUGGUCCUGCGAGCUCUGGGCUUGGAGUACCAGUACAAGGACGUCAACCUACUGGCUGGGGAGCACUUAACGGAGGAGUUUAAGAGGAAGAAUCCCCAGAACACGGUGCCCCUGCUGGAAGACAACGGCUCGCCCAUCUGGGACUCCCACGCCAUAGUCUGCUAUUUGGUGGACAGGUACGCCAAGUCGGAUGAGCUCUACCCCAAGGAUCUGCUGGCUCGUGCCCUGGUGAAUCAGCGCCUCUACUUCGAUGCCAGUGUCCUGUUCAUGUCCUUGCGGAACUUCAGUAUCCCCUAUUUCUACCACAAUGUGAGUCUAGUGCCCAAGGAGAAGGUGGACAACAUCAAGUCGGGUUACGCCUUCCUGGAGGCCUUUUUGGGCGACAAUCCCUAUAUCACUGGGUCCACCCUGACCGUGGCGGAUCUGUGCUGUGGAGCAACUGCCUCCUCGUUGGGCGCCAUUCUGGAGCUGGACGUGGCCCAGUAUCCCAAGGUGGCUGCCUGGCUGAAACGCCUCUCCAAGCUGCCCGACUACGGAGAGGAGGGCUUGAAUGAGUACAUCGGCAUGCUCAGGCCCGGGCUGACCUUGGAGAAUUAAAUCCGAAUUUAAAAAGACAAUAAAUGAAAUAU